AUGUUCUCAAAAGUGCUGAGAAGAGCAACUCACAAUGGAAGCGUGGAGAGCUGGGCUUUCCACGAUGAUACAUUUACGGAAGCAACAAAAGACAAGCUGUUUCUCUAUCAGAUCUCGCAUCAGGAUAUCAAAACAAUCACACCUAAAACGCUUGUGUUUGGAGGUGUCUGCGUCGAACUCGACAUUCUCACCCGCCAGGACAACCACUUAAACGCCGCAUCCAUCAACGGCGCUGCUAUGGCCAAGAAGAUUGUUCUGAUUACUCGGCACAAGCUCUCCCUUCUUGUGAAUCUACUCUUCUGGUGGGACGAAGAGAUGAAUCGGUGGAACGACCUAGAAGCUAGAAAGGCAAGCUAUGCUCAGCAAUUGGAGGAAGCACACCCCGAGGAAAGUGCAGAGGAGAGAAUGAAGAAGGUGAAUGAGGCUGCGAAAACAAUGCAAGUGUUGCAAAGAAAGUUGCCAAGCCAGCGACAGGAGAGCAGGGAGACCAGUUGGAACACGACGGCUGGGAUCAGGAGAGAGGCUGAGUUGAGGGAGAUGGAGAGACGAAUGGCUGAGAGAGGAGAGUCAAGUGGAGAGAUGGUUGAGGAUGAGGGUGAAUUGCCUGCUUAUAGACAUGUAAAGGUCUUCGAAGGCGCUAUACGCGACGAAGACCAGAUCUACGGCGGCAAGGAUUCAUUAUCCCUGCUGAUCAUUUUGUCACGCUCGACCAAGAACUUUGAGCGAAAGUCGGGAUGCUUGGCACGCUGUGACUCGAAAGUCGACCAUCGACACUUUCAUACCGAAACACGCCAAUUGGAUCUCGGAUCAAGAACCUUUUCCUUUGAUCAGUUCAUAGUUAUGUCUCUCACAAACGGCUCUGCCGAAGAAGCUGCAAGAGCAGCAAAACUUUCAUCGCGAACUCUCGCCAUCCUCUCAACUGAGGACAGAAAUUCUGCCCUUCAAUCAAUUCACGAUGCACUCUCGGCAGCAAAAUCAGAUAUCCUACAAGCAAAUGCUCGUGAUCUGGAAAUUGCGACAAAGUCUGCUGCUGAUGGCGAGUUGAGUCAAAGUAUCCUGAAAAGAUUGGACCUUUCUAGACCUGGCAAGUUUGAGGAUAUGUUGAAAGGAAUCCUGGACGUGAAAGGCUUGGAAGAUCCUGAGCUGGAUGAUGGCCUUAUUUUGCAUCGCCAGUCAUGUCCUAUUGGUGUUCUGUUGAUCAUAUUUGAGGCUCGUCCUGAGGUUAUCGCCAAUAUUGCUUCGCUGGCUAUCAAGUCUGCAAACGCUGCUAUCUUGAAAGAGUCCACAGAAUCAUUCAAGACCAUCGCUACAGUUAUCUCCAAGGCUCUCCAGAGCACUAAGGUUCCCAAUGACUCGAUCCAGCUUGUCACAACCAGAGAUGCUGUGGACCCUCUACUUCAACUCAGCCAGUAUAUCGAUCUUGUCAUUCCCCGCGGUUCUAAUGAACUUGUCCGCCAUUGCCAACGUAUGGCUCACAUGCCUGUUCUCGGUCACGCUGAUGGUUUGUGCCACUACUACAUCCACCCAGAUGCCGAGCCUGAGAUGGCAGCAAGUGUCAUUGUAGACUCAAAGACAGACUACCCUGCAGCUUGCAACUCUCUCGAAUCUCUUCUCGUUCACGAAGACGCACUAAAGACUAUUUUGCCUGGCGUCGCAUCAGCUCUACUCGCGAAGGGUGUGUCAUUGCGUUGCGAUCCUGCUUCAAAGGCCGCACUUUCGGAGACAAUGGACAAGCAUCAAGCAGCCAUGUUGCAAGACGCUGGCGAGUCAGACUUUGACACCGAGUUCUUGGACUUGAUUCUCGCUAUCAAGACCAUCCCUAAGACUGAAGACCCGCUUCAAGCUGUUGAUGCUGCCGUUGAGCACAUCAACAUGCACGGCUCUCACCACACAGACGCCAUCCUUACUUCUUCAGAACAGACCGCCGACCGCUUCUGCAAUGGCGUUGACAGUGCUUGCAAGUUCUGGAACUGCAGUACAAGAAUGUCAGAUGGCAUGCGUUUUGGCUUCGGCACUGAGGUCGGUAUCAGCACAAACAAGGUGCACGCUAGAGGGCCCGUCGGUCUUGAAGGUCUCUGCAUCCAUGAGUACAGAAUUAAGGGUUCUGGACAAGGUGCAGCUAUGUAUGGAGCAGGUGGCAGUAGACAGUGGAAGCACAAGAGACUGCCGCUAUGA